UGGUUUUUAAAUUCUGAUUCUGCAGAAGAUAAAAUUGUUGAAGGACUUGGCUAUAGUCUUCGACUUUCACCCUUUUUAGAUUACAGUUUUGUUCUAAACUGUAGAAAAAAACUGUAAACUGUAAAAUCUAGAAAAGUCUGUUAAAAGCUGAAAUCUUGAACACUCAGUCAUUUAAACAACUUUUCUGACCAGAUGGAUCCUGCAAAAAGUUUGACACCAACGCCUGACCCUGAGCCUAUCCCAGGUCCAUCAGGGAUGAAAACAACAUGGGGUUCAUGUAGAAUCGGUCCAUCAUCUGGCUCAGUACAUUUGAAAUACCAUAUGCUUGAUGAUCUGGGAAAGGGAUCCUAUGGCUUCGUCAGGUUAGCAAUUCAUAAAUCGGAUCGCCGAAAGGUCGCCAUCAAAUUUGCUCCUAAACCUGAAACUGAAGACACAGGUUAUCUUCCUGGAUAUCUCUACAGUGGCAAUUCAGAAGUGGAUCUGAUGAAUAUGAUGAAGGAACCUCACAGCCCUCACAUUAUAGAGUUGCUCGAGUGGUUUGAGGACCAAGAUAAUGUGAUUUUGGUUAUGGAGUAUCCAGAGCCAUGUGAAACACUGUAUUGUUUCAUUAAGCAUAACACUGGACAUCUAGAACACAGUGCUGUGCGGAUGAUAAUUGUUCAGAUUGUCCAGGCUGCAAAGGACUGUAUAGACCAUGGAGUUUGCCAUGGAGACAUCCAUUCUGGAAACAUUCUGGUGAAUACAGCAUCUUUGAACAUCAAGCUGAUUGACUUCGGAUGUGGACUACGAAUCGGUGGCAAGUGUCUUUGUCGGUCUUUUAUUAUUUCCUUAGUGUUUUUGCAUAAUUAA